UUUGGGGCCGGAAGACUAAACGGGGACGGAAAAUAGCACAGGGGAGGCUUUGCUGGAGGCUUUGGGGGCCUAGAAGGGCGGCGUGAAAAAGUUUUUAUGUGUCCAAAGUUUCUAUGUGGGGGUGUAUGUGUCUGUAUUUGCGGGAGGCGCACGAUCCACGUGAAACUUUUGCAGCUGGUAAUUUUGAGGGGCGGGGUGGAGAGGAGGAAGAUGGGAAGAUUCGUUUUUUAAGCUUAAAUUCUUACCAGGUUGGAGAGAUGUGUCACCAUUCUAACAUCAGCAUCGCCUUUAUAACUGGUUAUAAUACAGAAGGUUUGGGCUGUACCCCAGAGUGGAAUUCACGUGUUUGUGAGAGAGGACCCAGGAAUAUGCCUAUCAACGAUCAUCUAUGUGUUCAGAUGUGCUUCAUGGGAGAGCACUGCUCCGGACUUCCUUCUGUACCUACAAUACUAUGGACCCAUUUGGUAGAAUGCGCAGAUCUACUCCUAACCCAGAAGGCAGAAGACCCAGCAAUAUUAACCAGGUUCUGUGCUGCCCUGUCAGGCCUGAAGAAAAGUUGGACCUCUUCCAGCAACCUCUGGGAACAACCUCUGGAGAGAAGCAGGCCACGCCCACCUCCCCCAUCCUCUACUUCCUAUCCAGGGACUCCUCUUGGUGCUGCCCUGGCUCUACAGCCAACACCAUGGGCGUCCUGGACACGCAGAACAUUUAGUGAAUGAAGUGAACAGGACUGGUUGGCAGCCACUCUGUGCCUACCGUACUGGAUGGGCGUCAAGGAAGGAAGAGGUGGGGAGAAGAUUCUUAAAAUAUACAGAGACACUUAACAACAGCACUGUUACGUUAGACUCUCUUGAGCUGGUCCUGCUAGUACAUUGCAUGAUACAUAAGCACACACAUUUAUGUUUCUCAUUAAACUGUAUAUGUUGUGUGACAUGAAAUCCCCCUGCUUCUAGUUUCUUACCUCUUGAAUCCAUCUCUAACACUGCAGCCAGGGUAACCUGAAAUCCACAUGGCUAAUCGUUGCCUUUACUUCAAAAACACUCUCUUGUGCACAGCAGUAGCUUCCUGUUGGUAAUGAGACUCAGCUGUGCGACAUUUUCUAAAAGGCACAUUUCCCAACUAUAUCCCAGAGAUCCUGAUUCUAGGGUUGUAGGAUAGGGGCGCGGGAACCGGCAUUUUUCGACUAUAAUAUAUGUUUGAGACCUGCUCCUUAAUAGCUCUUCCAAAUGCUUUUGCCUAUUUAGUUCAUAUGAAUCACACAUUCACUUCUGAAAUAGAGCCAUGAGACUGGGGCCACACGGAGCAGAAGUGACGCAUGUGCUUUUAUGCUCACGUGUAAAAAACAGCCCGUUUUGCACUGCAGGUGCCUUUGCCCACCUCAGCAACUAAAGAUGCUACCUGCUCCAGAUGGUAUAGCUGUGAGAGUGUGGAGCCAUCAUCACCAACCACCUGGAUCCCCGAGAAGCUAUGUGGAUCAGAGCCCUCCUCCAAACCUCAGCCUGAACUGGACAUGUAUUGGGUUGUCGGAAAAGUCAUAACGCAUUUUUGCAACGAAAAACAUAGAAAAAAUAUAUCAUGACUUUUCCGACAAUCCAAUAACAUGAACAAGAAAUAAACAGCAAGCCACUGAGGUUUGGGGGUUCAUUUAGUACCAUAGCAUAAACUUAGCCUACCUUGACCGAUAGGAUUUUUGCAAAUGCUUAAUUAACAUUUAUUUUUAUCAUGUAUGCCAAAUUGAUAUACUUAAGACUACCUGAUUUAAAUUGUCAAAUUAAUGCAUUUUGUUUUUCAGGCUUCUCUUGCCAUUUCUGUAUUCUGAUGAGUUUUCUCUCUCAUUUUUUUUAUGAGUUUCAGGUAUG